UGCUCAAGAAAACAAUACCACGAUAAGAUCGGGUUAUAACAACAAGAAACAGAAACAAUCGCUUGCUUGUUUUCUGACUGCAACUAUGCAAUACGCCCAAAGUAAACCAAGAUAAGCAGAGUGAAAAAGUGAGCGGAACUUAAAAACAGAUAUUGGUGAAAAUUGCUGAAAAUUGGACUAGCGUUGCCAACGUUUUAAUGGCUUAAACAGCGGCCUUUAAAAGUGGUAAUAUAUCACAUCCAAAAGCCAUGAACGUGAUCUACAUACAUGUAAAUCUGGAUCAUGAGACUAUUGGUUUGCGGUGAAUGCGUUUAACGGUGGAUCUUCGCCUGCAGCUCUGCAACCCACGAGAUACGGCUAAAGACAUAGAAUGGCCUCAAAUAGCGGCAGUACCCCCGAUCUGGACAGCCAGGUCAAUGUGGAGGAUUUGCCCAUAACGUUCAAGGUGAAAUACAUCGGCUCCGAAGUGGCACGUGGCUUGUGGGGCAUCAAGUACACCCGCCGUCCGGUGGACAUAAUGGUGGGCGUGGCCAAGAACCUGCCGCCCAACAAGGUGCUGCCCAACUGCGAGCUGAAGGUGUCCACCGACGGGGUCCAGCUGGAGAUCAUUGCGCCCAAGGCGAGCAUCAAUCACUGGAGCUACCCGAUCGAUACGAUAUCGUAUGGGGUUCAGGACUUGGUCUACACAAGGGUCUUUGCCAUGAUUGUGGUGAAGGACGAGUCGAGUCCGCAUCCCUUUGAGGUGCACGCCUUUGUUUGCGACAGUCGGGCGAUGGCCCGCAAGUUGACCUUUGCCCUGGCCGCCGCCUUUCAGGAUUACUCGCGCCGGGUCAAGGAGGCGGCUGGCGAGGAGGAGGGGGGCGAGGCCACGCCCAGCGACUCCAUCACGCCCACGCGCCAAAAGUUCGCCAUCGAUCUGCGAACGCCGGAGGAGAUCCAGGCCGGCGAACUGGAACAGGAAACGGAGGCGUAGUCGGGCGACCACUGUACUUGCGUUCGUCAAUGUGAUGUGUUAGUUACUUAACGUCCAGUGUUCACUGUAUUUGUAAAUUGUAGUUCUCUCACCUGGUAGUUGCCUCAUACAGCUAAUUACCCAAAGCCUAAGUGUUAAUGCGAUUUGUAAACGAUUUUCUAUAAUAAAUUACGAAUAUUGUAGGAUUGUCUUUUAUAAA